GGCUGCGCCCUUGUUGCUUUGGAUACCCUUCUGAAUUAGAAAGUGUUUUCCUGCAUUUUUAUUAUAUUUGCGUUAUUUUCAUAAUUUAUUUAGCUACGGCCGUAUGUUGCUGUAAAGUAUUGGAAAUGUUUUACCUCAUACUUACUAGUAAAUUGAAAGGAACCACGGCUCCAUUACGGUCCGUCUAUUCCCGUCUAAGUAAAGUAGGGGAUUUAAAGAGCCAAACACGACCAGGCUCAUGUUGGACGACAGUCAGCAACAUACGCAGCUCUACCAGUAAGCCCAACAAUGCCGUCGUCCGUCUCUGGGGUCAAGCGCAGAGGGCGCUCCGACAAUCAACUGUGCGGGCAUCCAGAUUUCCCAGGGUCACCCUGGGUUAUGUGGUUGUGCCAGCAGCCUUGACAGUCUCAGCUCGGUUUUUCUGUAGCGUUGCACACUGUCAGGUGGAUUUCAAUAACAAUGAUCCAGUACAACCUGAAGAAAAGGCUAAAGAAACCCAGCCUGAGUUCAACUGGGCAAUUUUGUGGGAGUUCAUCAAGCCUCAGCUUCUUGCUCUUCUAGGUGCAAUUGUUCUGGCGUUUGGAGCUGCUGCCUUGAACAUCCAGAUCCCUCUGAUGCUGGGUGACCUGGUGAAUGUGGUGGCCCGCUACAUGAGAGAGCAUUCUGGGAGCUACCUUAGAGAGGUCAGGGGCCCUGCUUUUAAGCUGCUAGGACUCUACGGACUGCAGGGCUUGUUGACCAGCGGUUACAUCAUCCUCCUCUCCAGAGUAGGGGAGCGAGUGGCGGCUAGCAUGAGAAAAGCCCUGUUUAUGUCUUUGCUAAGGCAAGAUGUGGCAUUCUUUGACGCCAACAAGACAGGACAAGUGGUGAACCGUUUGACUGCUGAUAUCCAGGAGUUUAAGUCUUCAUUUAAGCUUGUUGUUUCUCAGGGUCUGCGAAGCGUCACCCAGACACUGGGGUGCUUUGUGUCGCUCUACCUCAUCUCCCCCAAACUCACGGGCCUGACGGUGGUGGUCAUGCCUUGCCUGGUGGGAACGGGAGCUCUGAUUGGCUCCUUCUUGCGUAGGCUGUCCCGGAAGGCCCAGGAACAGGUCGCCAAAGCAACCGGAGUGGCGGAUGAGGCCCUUGGGAACGUGCGAACAGUGAAAGCCUUCGCCAUGGAAGACUGGGAGAUGCAGAUGUAUGCCACCGAGGUCAAUAAGUCAUGUGAAAUGAAUGAAGCUCUUGGAGCAGGAAUUGCUGUCUUUCAAGGCCUCUCGAACGUCGCCCUAAACUGCAUUGUGUUAGGCACCAUUUUUGCAGGGGGGUCCUUGAUGGCUGGCAAUGAGAUGUCUCCUGGUGACCUCAUGUCUUUUUUGGUAGCCUCUCAAACAGUGCAGAGGUCCAUGGCCAGCAUUUCAAUCCUGUUUGGACAAAUGGUUCGAGGUAUCAGUGCUGGAGCACGUGUGUUCGAGUACCUGACUUUGGAGCCUACCAUUCCACUGACAGGGGGAGGCAGGAUUCCUUAUCACUCUCUGAUUGGCAGGGUGGACUUCAUGAACAUCUCCUUCAGUUACCCAACAAGGCCUGGACACCAAAUCCUGCAGGACUUCAACCUCACCUUGCCCCCGUGUAAGACAGUAGCCAUCGUUGGCGAGUCUGGAGGAGGGAAGUCUACAGUGGCUUCCCUGCUUGAACGCUUUUACGACCCCACCGACGGAGUGGUGAUGCUGGAUGGACUGGACAUUCGGACUCUGGACCCCUCCUGGCUCAGGGGGAAGGUCAUCGGGUUCAUCAACCAGGAGCCGGUGCUGUUUGGCACCUCCGUGAUGGAGAACAUUCGCUUCGGUAAGCCCGAGGCCACAGACGCCGAGGUCAUCGCCGCCGCCAAGCAGGCCAACGCUCAUCGCUUCAUCUCCGCCUUCCCCGAGGGAUACAACACUGUGGUUGGUGAGCGCGGGGUGACGCUCUCAGGGGGCCAGAAGCAGCGAAUCGCCAUCGCCCGCGCCCUGAUCAAGAACCCCAGCAUCUUGGUGCUGGACGAGGCCACGAGCGCCCUGGACGCCGAGUCGGAGCGCGUGGUGCAGGAGGCACUGGACCGGGCGACGGCUGGCCGGACCGUGCUCAUCAUCGCCCACCGCCUCAGCACCAUCAAGGGGGCCGACCUCAUCUGUGUACUCAGCAACGGCCGCAUCACGGAGGCCGGCACACACUUGGAUCUGCUAAGUCAAGGAGGCCUUUACGCUGACCUGAUCCGGAGGCAGAGAACAGAGGGACAAAAGUGAACACACUACUCUGCAAAAAAACUCUUGGAAUUUUGCUACAGCCAGUUUCAACAAUAGCACUACUGGA